AUGGGCGAGGUGAAGUGGAUCGAGUACCCCGGCACGCCCUACUACCUCAACGGCUUCGUCUACUACGACAAGUACAGCUACCUGGACAAGGAGGUGCCCGUCGAAACGGAGCUGAAGCUCAUCCCCAAGGACAAGCCCACGUCGAUUCCCUUUUCUUUUGUCAUUCCCAAGGAGAAGGGGCUGCCAUCGACGAUGAUCAGCACUCACGGAUUCAUUCAGUACUUUGUCAAGGUGGCCGUCCGCGUUGGCGAGGAGGUGAAGAAGUUCGUCAAGGAGGUCAUCAUCGAGUCGCCCAUUGAGGAGAAUUUGAUGAUCACCGUCGGCUCGACUGCGGAGAAGAACGUCCUGCUGCACGCGGGCAAGGUGAACAUGCACGCCUCGAUCAGCCGCAAGGGCUUCGCUCCGGGGGAGAACAUCUCGGUGCACGUUCACGUGGACAAUGCCAGCAAUGCGGCGGUGAAGCCCCGCAUCAGCCUCCACCAGGUGCAGAUCUACAUGUGCGGCAGUCGCCACAAGACCAUCGAGACGACUCUCUCCGACGACCCGGUCACCGGAACCGAGGUGGGCGCUCACGCUAAGGCCGAUGAGGUGCUCCACGUGAAGGUGCCCGCCGACGAGUCGCUCACCAUCAAGAGCUCCGUCAUCACCGUCAAGUACUUUGUCCACGUGACUCUGGAUAUUCCGCACUCGGUGGACCUGCACAUCAACCUCCCGGUGGUGCUCACCUCUUCGGCGGUGCUCGAGGAGCUGCGCAACAAGGACGGCCGACUGGCUGAAGUCACCCACUAG